AGCCACGCAGCGGAGCGGAGCCCGGGCGCGGCGGCCUCGGCCUGGGCGGCCUGCGCAGCGUGGGCGGCCCCGCGGAGGGACGAGCGGCGGGGCGCAGCGAUGGCCAGCGGCGGGGCGCGCCCGGGGUUGGCGGGGCCAAGAAAUCCAGUCCCGUGAUGCUCGCCCCUAUAGGACCUGAAUACCUUGGCUUGAGGCCCCAGCCCACCAUGCCACGGCCACCCUUGUGCCCUCGGACACAGCUACUGCUGCUGCUGCUGCUGCUGCUGCUGAGGGGUGUGUGGAUGGCCAUCGGCUCACCCCCAGCUGGUGUGGGUCCACAGCCUGCCUUCCGCACCUUUGUGGCCAGUGACUGGGGCCUCACCCACCUGGUGGUUCACGAGCAGACAGGAGAAGUGUAUGUUGGCGCAGUAAAUCGCAUCUACAAGCUGUCAGGGAACCUGACCCUGCUUCGGGCCCAUGUGACGGGCCCCGUAGAAGACAACGAGAAAUGCUACCCACCUCCCAGUGUACAGUCAUGCCCACACGGUCUGGGCAGCACGGACAACGUCAACAAGCUUCUGCUGCUGGACUAUGCGGCCAACCGCCUGUUGGCCUGUGGCAGUGCCUCACAGGGCAUCUGCCAGUUCCUGAGGCUGGACGAUCUCUUCAAGCUGGGUGAGCCGCACCACCGCAAAGAGCACUACCUGUCCAGCGUGCGAGAGGCUGGCAGCAUGGCAGGAGUGCUGAUUGCUGGGCCACCCGGCCAGGGCCAGGCCAAGCUCUUCGUGGGCACGCCCAUCGAUGGCAAGUCAGAGUACUUCCCCACUCUGUCCAGCCGCCGGCUCAUGGCCAAUGAGGAAGACGCUGACAUGUUUGGCUUUGUAUACCAGGACGAGUUUGUGUCGUCUCAGCUCAAGAUCCCCUCAGACACACUGUCCAAGUUCCCAGCCUUUGACAUCUACUAUGUGUACAGUUUCCGCAGCGAGCAGUUCGUCUACUACCUCACCCUGCAGCUGGACACGCAGCUCACCUCGCCUGACGCUGCUGGUGAGCACUUCUUCACCUCCAAGAUUGUGCGGCUGUGUGUGAACGACCCCAAGUUCUACUCUUACGUGGAGUUCCCCAUCGGCUGCGAGCAGGCUGGAGUGGAGUACCGCCUGGUGCAGGACGCCUACCUGAGCCGGCCAGGACGGGCCCUGGCCAAGCAGCUGGGCCUUGCUGAGGAUGAGGACGUGUUGUUCACCGUGUUUGCACAGGGCCAGAAGAACCGUGUGAAACCACCCAAGGAGUCGGCGCUGUGCCUGUUCACGCUGAGGGCCAUCAAGGAGAAAAUCAAGGAGCGCAUCCAGUCAUGCUACCGUGGCGAAGGCAAGCUCUCACUGCCUUGGCUGCUUAACAAGGAGCUGGGCUGCAUCAACUCGCCCCUGCAGAUUGAUGACGACUUCUGCGGGCAGGACUUCAACCAGCCGCUGGGGGGCACGGUCACCAUAGAGGGCACACCCCUUUUUGUGGACAAGGAAGAUGGCCUAACUGCCGUGGCUGCCUAUGACUACCAGGGCCGCACCGUGGUUUUUGCUGGCACACGCAGCGGCCGCAUACGCAAGAUUCUGGUGGACCUCGCAAACCCCAGCGGCAGGCCAGCCCUGGCUUAUGAGAGUGUGGUGGCUCAGGAGGGCAACCCUAUCCUGCGUGACCUCGUCCUCAGUCCCAACCGCCAGUACCUCUAUGCUAUGACGGAGAAGCAGGUGACUCGGGUGCCUGUGGAAAGCUGUGUGCAGUAUACUUCCUGUGAGCUGUGCCUGGGGUCUCGGGACCCCCACUGUGGCUGGUGUGUCCUGCACAGCAUCUGCUCCAGGCAGGACGCCUGUGAGCGGGCAGAUGAGCCCCAGCGUUUCGCCUCUGACCUACUGCAGUGUGUGCAGUUGACUGUCCAGCCUCGCAAUGUGUCAGUCACCAUGUCCCAGGUGCCGCUUGUGCUGCAGGCUUGGAAUGUGCCUGACCUCUCGGCCGGUGUCAACUGCUCCUUUGAGGACUUCACGGAGACUGAGAGCGUCCUGGAAGAUGGCCGCAUCCAUUGCCGCUCGCCCUCUUCCAGGGAAGUGGCACCCAUCACACAGGGCCAGGGAGAUCAGCGGGUGGUGAAGCUCUACCUCAAGUCCAAGGAGACAGGGAAGAAGUUUGCGUCUGUGGACUUUGUCUUCUAUAACUGCAGUGUUCACCAGUCCUGCCUGGCAUGUGUCAAUGGCUCCUUCCCCUGCCACUGGUGCAAAUACCGUCAUGUGUGCACCAAUAAUGCGGCUGACUGUGCCUUUCUGGAAGGCCGUGUCAAUGUGUCUGAGGACUGCCCACAGAUCCUGCCAUCUACCCACAUCUAUGUGCCAGUGGGUGUGGUAAAGCCCAUCACCCUGGCCGCACGGAAUCUGCCACAGCCACAGUCAGGUCAGCGAGGGUACGAGUGCCUUUUCCACAUCCCAGGCAGCCCGGCCCGUGUCACUGCCCUGCGCUUCAACAGCUCCAGCCUGCAAUGCCAGAACUCCUCGUACUCCUAUGAGGGGAAUGAUGUCAGCGACCUGCCUGUGAACCUGUCAGUUGUGUGGAAUGGCAACUUUGUCAUUGACAAUCCCCAGAAUAUCCAGGCCCAUCUCUACAAGUGCCCAGCCUUGCGCCAGAGCUGUGGCCUCUGCCUCAAGGCAGACCCACGCUUUGAGUGUGGCUGGUGUGUAGCUGAGCGUCGCUGUUCCUUGCGCCACCACUGCCCAGCCGACUCACCAACCUCCUGGAUGCAUGCCCACCAUGGCAACAGCCGCUGCACAGACCCCAAGAUUCUCAAGCUGUCCCCAGAGACAGGCCCUCGGCAGGGAGGGACUCGGCUAACCAUCACCGGCGAGAAUCUGGGCCUCCGGUUCGAGGAUGUGCGGCUAGGCGUGCACGUGGGCAAGGUGCUGUGCAGCCCUGUGGAGAGCGAGUACAUCAGCGCAGAACAGAUUGUCUGUGAGAUUGGUGAUGCCAGCACACUGCGGGCCCAUGAUGCCCUGGUGGAGGUGUGUGUGCGGGACUGCUCCCUCCAGUACCGAGCCCUGUCCCCCAAGCGCUUCACCUUUGUGACACCAACCUUCUACCGUGUGAGCCCCUCCCGUGGACCUCUGUCUGGAGGCACCUGGAUUGGCAUUGAAGGAAGCCAUCUGAACGCAGGCAGUGAUGUGGCUGUGUCCAUUGGCGGCCGGCCCUGCUCCUUCUCCUGGAGGAACUCUCGAGAGAUCCGCUGCCUGACACCACCCGGGCAGACCCCUGGCAGCGCCCCUAUUGUUAUCAACAUCAACCGUGCCCAGCUCUCCAACCCUGAGGUGAAGUACAACUACACUGAAGACCCCACUAUCCUGAGGAUUGACCCCGAGUGGAGCAUCAACAGUGGCGGGACCCUCCUAACAGUCACAGGCACCAAUCUGGCCACAGUCCGUGAACCUCGGAUCCGGGCCAAGUAUGGAGGCUUUGAGAGGGAGAAUAGCUGCAUGGUGUACAAUGACACCACCAUGGUGUGCCGGGCGCCGUCCAUAGACAACCCGAAGCGCAGCCCACCAGAACUGGGAGAGCGGCCAGACGAGAUUGGUUUCAUCAUGGACAAUGUACGAACACUGCUGAUACUCAACAGCUCCUCAUUCCUCUACUACCCGGACCCUGUACUGGAGCCCCUCAGCCCUACUGGGCUCUUGGAGCUGAAGCCUAGCUCCCCACUCAUUCUCAAGGGACGGAAUCUCCUGCCACCUGCUCCUGGCAAUUCCCGGCUCAACUACACGGUGCUCAUUGGCUCUACACCCUGUAUCCUCACCGUGUCUGAGACACAGCUGCUGUGCGAAGCCCCCAACCUCACGGGGCAGCACAAAGUCACGGUGCGGGCCGGGGGCUUCGAGUUCUCGCCUGGGAUGCUACAAGUGUACUCGGACAGCCUGCUGACACUGCCAGCCAUUGUGGGUAUCGGUGGGGGUGGUGGCCUCUUGUUGCUGGUCAUCGUGGCUGUGCUCAUUGCCUACAAACGCAAGUCCCGGGACGCUGACCGUACCCUCAAGCGGCUGCAGCUCCAGAUGGACAACUUGGAGUCACGCGUGGCCCUCGAGUGCAAGGAAGCCUUUGCAGAGCUACAGACAGACAUCCAUGAGCUGACCAGCGACUUGGAUGGCGCUGGCAUCCCAUUCCUUGACUACCGCACAUAUGCCAUGCGAGUGCUGUUUCCUGGGAUUGAGGACCAUCCUGUACUCAAGGAGAUGGAGGUGCAGGCCAACGUGGAGAAGUCACUGACACUGUUCGGACAGCUGCUGACCAAGAAGCACUUCCUGCUCACCUUCAUCCGUACGCUGGAGGCCCAGCGUAGCUUCUCCAUGCGUGACCGUGGAAAUGUGGCCUCACUCAUCAUGACAGCCCUGCAGGGUGAGAUGGAGUAUGCCACGGGUGUGCUUAAGCAGUUACUGUCUGACCUCAUUGAGAAGAACCUGGAAAGCAAGAACCACCCCAAGCUGCUGUUGCGGAGGACUGAAUCAGUGGCAGAGAAAAUGCUGACUAACUGGUUUACCUUCCUUUUGUAUAAGUUCCUCAAGGAGUGUGCUGGGGAGCCCCUCUUCAUGCUGUACUGUGCCAUCAAGCAGCAAAUGGAGAAGGGUCCCAUUGAUGCCAUCACAGGGGAGGCCCGCUACUCUCUGAGCGAGGACAAGCUCAUUCGGCAGCAGAUUGACUACAAGACCCUGACCCUGAACUGUGUGAACCCUGAGAACGAGAACGCGCCUGAGGUUCCUGUGAAGGGGCUGAACUGCGACACUGUGACGCAGGUCAAGGAGAAGCUACUGGAUGCUGUGUACAAGGGUGUGCCUUACUCACAGCGGCCCAAGGCUGGGGACAUGGACCUGGAGUGGCGCCAGGGCCGCAUGGCACGCAUCAUCCUUCAGGACGAGGAUGUCACCACCAAAAUUGACAACGACUGGAAGAGGCUGAACACACUGGCUCACUAUCAGGUGACAGAUGGGUCAUCGGUGGCACUAGUACCCAAGCAGACAUCUGCCUACAACAUUUCCAACUCCUCCACCUUCACUAAGUCUCUCAGCAGAUACGAGAGCAUGCUGCGUACAGCCAGUAGCCCCGACAGCCUACGCUCACGAACACCCAUGAUCACGCCAGACCUGGAAAGUGGAACAAAGCUGUGGCACCUGGUGAAGAACCAUGACCACCUGGACCAGCGCGAGGGUGACCGAGGCAGCAAGAUGGUCUCUGAGAUCUACCUGACAAGGCUGUUGGCCACCAAGGGAACACUGCAGAAGUUCGUGGAUGACCUGUUUGAGACCAUCUUCAGCACAGCGCACCGAGGCUCGGCCCUGCCUCUGGCCAUCAAGUACAUGUUUGACUUCUUGGAUGAGCAGGCUGACAAGCACCAGAUCCACGACUCUGAUGUGCGCCAUACCUGGAAGAGCAAUUGCCUGCCCCUGCGCUUCUGGGUGAAUGUGAUCAAGAACCCGCAGUUUGUGUUCGAUAUCCACAAGAACAGCAUCACAGAUGCCUGCCUGUCGGUGGUGGCCCAGACCUUCAUGGACUCCUGCUCUACAUCAGAGCACAAGCUGGGCAAAGACUCGCCCUCCAACAAGUUGCUCUACGCCAAGGACAUCCCCAACUACAAGAGCUGGGUUGAAAGGUACUAUGCUGACAUUGCCAAGAUGCCUGCCAUCAGUGACCAAGACAUGAGCGCCUACCUGGCAGAGCAGUCCCGGCUGCAUCUCAGCCAGUUCAACAGCAUGAGUGCCCUGCACGAGAUCUACUCCUACAUUGCCAAGUACAAGGAUGAGAUUCUGGUGGCACUGGAAAAAGAUGAGCAGGCUCGAAGGCAGCGGCUUCGGAGCAAACUGGAGCAGGUGGUGGACACAAUGGCCCUGAGCAGCUGAACCCUGGAAGUGACUACCCAGCAGGAGGCAGAGCAGGAGGGCAGCAGAGGAGGACCCAGGAGACAGCCCUUGGCCCACCUGUACCAAGUGCCAGGUGUGGGGCUGCAGUUGGGUCCUGGCCCUCGCCUUUCUCUCCCUGCCAUGCAGGGCCGAUUUUCAUCGCUGUGGAUGUGAGGGUUCCUGCUGAGCCACCUCUGUGCCUAGGGCUUGCAGCCUUGGGGCAAGGAUUGCACCACGUGGCUGGUCCUGCCCAGGGAUAUUUGCUGCUUGGCAAGAGCUGCUGGUGGCCUUCCUGGGAGAGAGGUGGCCUCUGAGGGGCCGAGAUAGAAGGCCAGGCCCUCCAGAGGGAGGACAACAGGACAAGGGUCUGGACCAAUUUGCAGUUCCUGGCUUCUCCAGAUGCUACCAGCAGGCAGAGUCUGAGGGAAAGGUGAGAUACCCAGGGCUGGUCCAAAAGAGCCACAGCCUGGGGCUGUCCCACCAGCCUCUACUCUAGCACACCAUGCUUGCCACCACCCUCAGAUUCACCGCGUGCUCUGCGCGGCCAAGGCUGGAGUGCCACAUCCUUCUGCUGGGGAGAGGCCCCACUCCCCUCCUAUGGAGGGCUGCAGACCCCACUCCCAAGUGACAUGCGGACAGCGGCUAGGUGAUCCCCUCUCUGUCCUCAGGGCUGUGCCUCUGGGAGCCUCCGGGCCUGGGGCUCUAUUCAGAGUGCAUGUUCCCAUUAUUUAUUCCCCUCCUCCUGCUCCUGGCUCAGCCCACCAUGGAGAUCAGGAGGAUAGCAGACCACCAUUCCUUCAUCCUCUCUCCUCCCUGCCCCUGACACUCACCGUGGCUUCCAGUCUGGCAUCUCAGCAGUGUCCUGGCCCCUCCACAGUGAGACAUCUGGGUACUGCUUUUAAGGGAACAAGAAAUCCUGCUGCAUUCUGCCUUGGGGGUGGGGGUCACUUCUGCCACCCAGCUGGCCGUGGGCAGUGACCCAAGGGACCGGAAGUCAGCUGUGUCUACCUUUGCCCUCAAGGAGCAACAACACAUUUUUAAUGGACCCUGUACAUAUAUAUGUAUGUGUAUAUAUAUAUAUGUGUGUGUGGCCCUGGCCCCAGUGGGGUGCUGUACAGUUACUUGAGGGAGGAGACACAGGAAGGCAGUUCAGGAGGAACCCAGGUGGAAGAGAGCAAAGCCAAGGGCCCUGGAGCUGCCAUCUGAUGUGGCCUCUGCUUCCCACAGAUGGAAGAAGCCGCUGCUCGAGAUUUGUGGUGCCCCGAGCUUUGGGUGCAGAGGCUGUGGACCUGCAUGACUGUGCUAGCGUUUAGUCUGAGUUGAUCUUUUCAAAUUGCAAGUGUUGAAUACUAGAGGUGGUUAGACCCUUUUUUAUUUUUAUUUUUUAAUUAAUUAGUCAUUGGGAAAGCAAGCGAGCGGCCUAUCCCCUUUUCGAGUUCACUUUUUCGAUGGUACUAAAGAUUAUAAUGGAUCUUAAGGGACAGCUAUCUGUGGCCAGGCCCAGCCUCAGUGCUGGGGACAGCACACACCACGUCCAUGGGCUGUUAGCCUCGUGGUCCUUCACACUCCAAGCUGGGGAGCCAGGUGGGACAGGGUGGAGGUCAGGUUAGAGCUGCACCUUUAGUCAGUAUGGGGCUGCGCAAGGACUCAGGGAGCUCCUCCUCCAUGGUUGUCAAGGGGCCGUGAGCUCUGGUGAGACCCCCACCUCGUCUGUGUGGCCCACUCCUUGGGCUGAUAUGGGGUCAGAGCCAAGGCUAGCCAGCCUGGAUAUAGCCGUUUCUCAGUAGCCCCUGUUGCCUGGGGUUUUACCCGUGGAUAUAUCCCCUCCUUCUUCUGAUGCCUCCGGGCUGUGCCUGGGUGGGAGCCUCAGUUUCCCCUAAAGUCUUCCCUGGAUGUGGGCUUCAGAUGGAAGCCCCCAGUUCUUCCAGCUCUGCCUGGACCACGCACAGCUUCUAGGCUCAAUGCCUUCACUGUCCAGCCCCACUACCCUGACAAAGGCCCCCAGGCUCCCUCAGAAUGGGACAACCUCACUCUACCCUACCAAGCCACCUCGUCCAUGUGGGUGUCCGGUGGGUGGUGAGGUGGUCUGGAGCAGCUUCCCCAGGGCAUCUGUUCGCAAGCACUUUAGCGUAUCUGUUUACAUGCGAGCUGCCCUAGCUGUUCUCGCCACACAUCUCGGCACAGCCAUCAGGGCCAGGCCUCACCUCCCUGCCACUCCUGGACUGGUGGUCUCUGACAUCUGCUUGUCCUUGGUCUUCAAGAGCCAUCCAUCUCUGUGGUACCCUGCAAAGGGCUCCACUCCAGCCACAAUAUGGCUUGGGGUUGGAGCCUACUCUGCACUGGGUAGUGGAUAUUCAGGGCCACCCUGUAAGUCCUAGGGCCCAGGGAGGUGGCCAAGCACUACUCCAGCCAUCCUGGCCCUAACACUCCUGGUACUGCCGUGCUGCCAUGGGCCCCAUCCCCAAAAGCCUAACUCCCUGCCUGGUCUUUCCCUGUGCACCCAGACUCAGAGUGCCUGGGCCCUUAUAAGCUGGGCCUGGGUGCCUAGCCUCCACAUACAACAUGCCUUGGGCUGGCCUGUGCUUUCCAGCUGCCCCACCCUCUUAUGGUUGGACAGCUGAAUAAGGCAGUAGGGAUGAGGGCCUGGAUGUGUCCUCUAAAGGCACAGCAUUGAGUUCUAGGCACAGGCCAUCAACCUCUGUUGUUACAGAGGGUCCCCACCGCCACCCCCUACUCCAGUUCCCCCAGUUUGGAUCUGGUGGCUCACAUCGGUGCUACACAAGCUAGAGUAGAUAUAUUUAGAGAGAGAGAUAUUUUUAAGGCGAAGCCCAUGAUUAGCUGUCCUUUAAUGCCGCAGAACACUCCCCUCCCCCCACCCAAAAAAAAAAAAAAAAAAAACUGGUCAUUUGAACGGUCUGAGUAGACCAGGCCUCGGCCAUUGCUUCUCUGGAAGCGGCAGAGCCAAUACGCUCAGCCAUCAGAUGUGUAAAUAUACGGCUAUUUCCUAUUUUACGGUUCUUCAGAUUUAGUACUUGUAAAUAAACACACAUUAAGGAGAGAUUAAACAUUUUUGCUAAA